GGGAGGGAGGACGGAUACUACUUCACCAACCUGUGCUGCGCUGUGGCCUUCAUCGAGAAGCUGGACGGCCGCUCCCUCAACAUGAGCUCCGAGGACUUUGAGCUCCACAUGUCGGGCCAGACCCCGGCCCCCCCGCGGCCCCUGGCCUCCGGGGGCCCCUCACUGCAGCAGGUCCAGAGCGGCCUGGACCUUCUGACCGGCCUGGGGGUCCGGCAGGAGCGCGUCAUGGAGGGGGCCCGCCGGCUGGAGAGCGACCUCAUCGACUGGAGCCAGGACGUGGAGCACAGGGUGCAUGGCGCCCUGGGGGGGCCCCCCCCGGCGGCCGAGGGCCCGCCCCCGGCGACCGAGGGCCCGCCCGCACCGUCGGCCAUCGACGCCGACAACGUGGAGAACGACCUCCUGCCGCCGCCGCUGCUGCCACAGCUGUUCGCCGGGUGAUGGGGCCCCGCCUGCCCGCCCCCCUCGCCCCCCCCCCCACACGCCCGGUGUCCUAUAGUCCCCCAGGGGCCCCGGUCCCCUUCACCACACUCCAGAGCAGGCUCCACUCCGCGGGACUUCAGAGCCGGGGGUCCUGGUACUCCCUCCCCUGCAGAGCAGCGCUCCGUGCUCCCGCAGCAUCACUCCAGACGGACGCUGGGGGCCCUCUGGAGGGUUCUCUGGGGGCCCUCUGGAGGGUUCUCUGGGGGCCCCUCUGGAGGGUUCUCUGGGGGCCCUCUGGAGGGUUCUCUGGGGGCCCCUCUGGAGGGUUCUCUGGGGGCCCCUCUGGAGGGUUCUCUGGGGGCCCCUCUGGGGGGUUCUCUGGGGGCCCCUCUGGAGGGUUCUCUGGGGCCCCUCUGUAGAGUUCUCUGGGGGCCCUCUGUAGAGUUCUCUGGGGCCCCUCUGUAGAGUUCUCUGGGGGCCCUCUGUAGGGGUCUCUGGGGCCCCUCUGUAGGGUUCUUUGGGGGCCCUCUGUAGGGGUCUCUGUAGGGUUCUCUGGGGGCCCCUCUAUGAGGCUCUCUGUGGGGGCCCUUCCGUCCCCUCGCACGUUUAGCUUCCUUAGAGAUGACGCUGAUAUUAGGCCACUUUAGAAUCAUAACAACAAAAAAGAAAAUGAACGACAAGAGUAUAAUACUAAUGAGGUGUCAUACGAGUUUCUAUGAAAUGGUGUGUGAUGUGCAUCAUUACACCUAACACUCCGCAGAUCGGUAGUUCUUCCCACUCAGACUCCACCGGAAUAUGUAGAAAUGAAGUGUGUGUGUGUGUGUGUGUGUGUUUCGCAUGGACGUGUUGCAUUGGUAAUCCAUCUGCAGAAGAUCUACAGGUGUUGUGUAGAUAGACGUGUGCGUCUUUUUGUUCUGCGACACUACUGCUUUCAAUCGCGGCGUUUAGGGAAGCGAUCUUUUUCUAAGGAAUGGCGGUUACGAAAUGUUCCGGGUGCAAUAAGAUCCAUUCUUCUGUGCAUGUCCUCUUUAAGACGUGCCACGUUAAUGCUUUUAAUGAACUGGGAUUGAUUUGGGUGUCCCUCGCCCUUCCCUUUAUUUAUUUGUCAUGGCAGGGAGAUAUCGUUUUACUUCAUUGACUUCUCUGUCUGAGCUUUUAAAUGAUUGGCUGAGGAGUCAGAAAUAUGGGUUCAUGGUCCUGUAGUUUUAUUCAAUUUAUUAUUUUUUUUGUCUCAUUUUUAACUCUGUGUGUGUGUGUGUGUGUGUGUGUGUGUGUGUGUGUGUGUGUGUGUGUGUGUGUGUGUGUGUGUGUGUGUGUGUGUGUGUGUGUGUGUGUGUGUGUGUGUGUGUGUGUGUGUGUGUGUGUGUGGAUAAUUAUAUAUAUCUAUAUAAAUCAAAACAAUAACCAUCAAUGCAUUUUCCAGCUUUGUACACAACAGCACUUUGACGAGGCCGUCUGAGUCGGUGUGUUGGUGAGAGGCCUUCAGGCUCUGUUGGGGGGACGGCAUGGGAUUUGAUCAUUUGUAUUAGGACUCUUCUUUUACCUAUCUAUUAUUCAAAGACCUCACACCGCUGAUGUGUGCCGUCAGGGCACCGAUAUUGAUCGAUCGAGUCAUCUCAUUGUAUGCACUAACAUUGAUCAGAUAUUGGGAAGUAAAAAAAAUCUAACCAUGUAGGUUUGGUGUUGUUUAACAAGGAGCUAUGUAAUACAAACUAUUUUAUUUAAAUAUAAGUUAUUGAAGAAAGUGUUUUACGACCAUUCAUGAGCUUGUUUCAUUAAGAUAGAAUAAUAAUAAAAAGUCAAAAUGU